AUGUCGAUUAAUCCUGUUUCAAUUACGGUUCCUCAUCCAUCUACAACCAGAGGACAAGCCACUCAUCUUUCUUACGAUUCUGUAAAUGAUAGAAUUGCUUAUGUUAAUGGGAAAUCGAUAAUUGUUAGACCAGUAGAUUUCAAUUCAACUUCACCAGUUAUUUGUUUUAGUAAACAUACAUUCACAACCAUGACAGUCAAAUUCUCACCAUCUGGUUAUUAUAUUGCUUCUGGUGAUGAAUCCGGAAAUAUCAAGAUUUGGGAUACUUCAAUUGACCCAAAUAAUAAAACCAUAACCAAAUUUGAACCCCCCACCAUCAAGAGUGAAUUUCAAGUCAUGUCAGGUCCAAUCAGAUCCAUUGCUUGGGAUGCCGACAAUGCCAGAAUAAUAGCUGUUGGUCAAGGAAAAGAGAAAUUCGGCCAUUGUUUUUCCUGGGAUAGUGGGAAUUCAAUUGGUGAUAUCCAAGGACAUAGUGGUCCUAUUAAUGCUGUUGAUAUUAAAUCACAAAGACCAUAUCGUGCUGCUACUGUAAGUGAUGACCAUGCUUUGGUUUUCUUCAAUGGGCCUCCGUUUAAGUUUGAUAAGAGUUUAAGAGGACAUCAUUCAAAUGUGGUUAGGGAUGUUAAGUUUAGUCCAAAUGGUGAAUAUCUUAUUAGUGUUGGUUCUGAUAGAAGUAUUUGUGUAUAUCAAGGGAAAACUGGGGAAUUUGUUAGUAAGAUUGAAAAUGCUCAUGAAGGGGGAAUUUUUGCGGUUGCUUGGUUAUCAGAUUCGAAAUAUUUUAUUACUGCUUCUGCUGAUAAUACUUUAAAGAAAUGGGAUAUUUCAAAUCUGGAAUGUGUUCAAACUUUUACUGUGGGUGAAACUCGUACAGUGCAAAAUCAACAAGUUGGACUAGUAUUGGCUAAGGAAUAUAUCAUUUCCCUUUCAGCUAGUGGUGAUUUGAAUUAUUUUAAUUAUGAUUCAGGGGAAUUGGUUCAAGUAGUCAAGGGACACCAACAUUCCUUAACUAAGAUUUCUACUGAUGAAUCCGCCACCAAUUUAUUCAGUGGAAGUGCUGAUGGUGUAUUACUUAAAUGGAAAUUAGAUGAUGAGAAAAACUUACAACCACUUCCAACAUUGCAAGGAAACCAGGAUGAAGCUCAUGCCAAUUAUGUGGUUGAUGUAUUGGUCGUCGGUAACACUACCUAUUCCGUUGGCUGGGAUGAUGUAUUGAAGUCAUGGACAGAAGAAGGAAAAGUUACCGAAUCAGUUAAAUUGCCUUCUCAACCAAGACAAUUAGCCCACAUUUCAUCAGGAUUACUUGUAUUAUAUGAAUCUCAAGUGGAAUUAUAUUCAGAAUCACUUGAAUUGAUAACUAGCUUAUCAUUAGAUUUCAGUAGUACUUGUAUUUCACCUAUCAAUGAUUCAACUUGUUUAUUAACGAACACCACCGGAUCCACCAUUGAAGAAAUCAAGAUUGAAUCAGGAUCGAUUACUAAAACCAAUAAGCAAUUUACAAAAAUGCGUUCUCCACCAACCUUGAUUACAGUUUCACCAAAUAAAGAAUUAUUUGCCGUGGCUGAUUCUGCUGGGAAAUAUACUUUAUUCAAAGCUGAAGAUGCCAGUGUUAUUACAACUCGUUGGGCUUUCCAUUCAAGUAAAGUAUAUGAUGCUCAAUGGACUCCAGACUCAAAGUACUUACUUAGUGGUGGGUUAGAUAGUGGGUUGUUUAUAUAUUCAGUAGAUAGACCUUCAAAGGUUGUUAAAUUCCCAUUGGCACAUCCAUCAGGUAUUUCAAAUUUGAAGUGGUUGAAAUAUGAUAAUGAAACUAAACAAGGGAAGUUUGUUAGUUCUGGAUUAGAUGGAACUAUUAGAACUUGGGAAGUUAAGCUUUAG